GGAGUGACCCAAACUAAAGGACACAGACUCGUAGCACCACCAGUCCACCCUUCUCGCGCUCUUUUCCCCCUAGCCGACAGCUAACUCUUUUCGUUUCGUUUCGUUUUCGCGAGUUAUCUCCAUCCACCACUCUACCAACAUGAGCUCUGGAACCUCUGGACAGGCUGCCUUCGGUCUCGGCCGGAAAAAGAAGGCCCCCGGCGUCCUGGAUUCAAUUGGAAAGUUCUUCAGUGGGGACAAGAAGAAGGGCAAGGGCAAGGGCUCCUUCCGUGGUCUGUCCUCCUCCCCCCAGCGACCUGCAGCAUCUUCUCGUCGCCGUGCCGACGAGAACGCGGUGGCGCACUUCUUCAGAACCAUCGUGUCUCCUGCCCCACCCAAGUCUAAAUGGGGAGGACUCUCUGCCAAAUUAGGCCUGGGUGACCAGAAGAAAGCUCGUGCUGGGGACGGCCAGGGGACCUUGACCAAGAUCUUCAAAAUGAGCGGUAGCCGGUCCGCAUCGCCAGCCAAGCGCUGAGGCUCCUGACGCCGAACAACAGA